GUGAUCUGUGGCCAAGAAGAACCAGGGAAAGGUGCAGUGCACCGUGAACCCAAGACCCAAGAGAGAGCUCAAGUGCAGAAGACAAGAGGGCUGCUCUCUCCGAAGUCCCUGUUAACUCCAACCUUACUGCAGAACACGACUCUCCUGGAGCUGGUGAGCAGCUCACGGGAGUUAUGGGAUAUCCUGGACAACCUGUCUGAACGGGACCUUGCUCCACACCCCAGAGGACAGAGGGACUUGGGGCCAGCCUCAGGCAAGCUCAGAAAGAUUUUUGGCUGGGGAGAUUUCUAUUCCAACAUCAAGACAGUGAAGCUGAACCUCUUGAUCACCGGGAAGGUGGUUGAUCAUGGCAACGGCACAGUCAACGUCUUCUUCCGACACAACUCUACCGGGCAAGGGAACAUCUCCGUCAGCCUUGUCCCCCCCACCAAGGCAGUGGAGUUCGACCUGGAGCAACAGAUCUUCAUCGAGGCCAAAGAAUCCAAAAUCUUCAACUGCCGCGUGGAGUACGAGAAAGUGGAUCGUGCCAAGAAGACCACGCUCUGCACUUACGACCCAUCUAAGACCUGCUACCAUGAGCACACCCAAAGUCACGUCUCCUGGGUCUGCUCGAAGCCCUUCAAAGUCAUCUGCAUCUACAUCACCUUCUACAGCAUAGACUACAGGCUGGUGCAGAAAGUAUGUCCUGACUACAACUAUCACAGCGACGUGCCCUACUACCCCUCGGGAUGA